CUGUCCAAUACUUUUCCUAAUCAAUAAAAAUACUCAUUUGACUUGACCAGAGGUUCUUGUUCUUAUUUUCUUUUGAGUUUCAUUUUCAUCCUUUCAUCCUCCAUUUUCCUUCACAAGACCAAAGAAGAAAGUUCCCCUUUUUUUCCAUUGAAGCAAUUUCUGCCAUGGACAAGCUGGUGAAGCCAGACUUGCAGGAACUCUGCAUCUGCUUCAACAGAGGCCAAAAGUGUAGCGCAACUUUCAAGUUAACCAACGUGAUGCACACCAUGUCGGUCGCCGUUUCCCUAACCUCCACAAAUUCAUCUCUCUUCAGCUUCUCACACCCUUUUUCAAUCAUCCCACCUCAGUCAACUUCAACAUACACACUUUUCUUGAAUCAGAACAACGAUUCCGAUGAUCAACCACCGCUCUGUUCUCCCCUGGAUACCGUCAUAGUCCGGUCCUCCAUGCUUCCCAUCGGAAAAGCCAAUCAGGAUCACCUCCGGCGUCUGUUUUCCAAACCAGGGCCUCAUAUAUUUAAAGAUGCCUUCCUGCCUAUAUCGUUUGUCGGGCCUCAGGUAGUGGAAUCCCUGAUUCUUUCUCCAGGAGCCAAGUCUCUGGAAGUUGCUUUUCUGUUAUCAAAGGCCUUAUUCUGGUGCGACAAAGGGCAGCUUGAUUCGCUGCUGAUGUGCGCUGCUAAGAGUCCCGAUAAUUCGUCUUUUGUCUCGGCCAUGAUUGAUGCCGGUGCUGAUGUAAAUUAUAGGGACCCGGAGACAAAACAGUCGGCCAUGACCCUGUCGGUUGAGUCCGGGAAUAUUGAUGCCGUUCAGGCUCUAAUUCAGGCUGGUUAUGAACUUGAUUGCUCCGUCGAUUUGUUCUUACACGACGCCGCAGCCAUGGAACGCCUUGAUUUGCUGGAAAUUCUGUGCUUGGGAUAUCCGGAUUUGGAUUUGGAUUUGGUAGAUUCAAAGGGCCGAACUGCUCUUCACAUGGCUGCAAUCCAGGGGAAUCUUUCAAUGAUUCGGUUUUUAGUAUCAUCAGGAAGUGAUCCUGAUGUUGUAGAUUGCAGAGGAUGGACACCGCUUCAUUACGCAACAGAAGAAGGGCAUGUUCAGGUUGUUGAGUACCUUCUGAAUCAUUCAAUUUCAGCCAAGUAUACCAUAUCCAGAGAUGGAAAGACUGCGUAUGAUAUAGCCCUGGAAGAGGGUCAUUCUCAAUUGUACAAUAUGUUGUAUUUGGGAGAUGUUUUGCAUUCGGCUGCGAGAAGAGGCGAUAUUGAGUCUAUUCAGGCCUGUUUGGCGGAAUCAGGCGGGGUAGCUAACGUGGAUUUGAAUUCGAGGGAUCAAAAUGGUUGGACUCCUUUGCAUAGAGCUGCUUUUAAAGGUAAAAUUGAGUGUGUGAAAAUGCUUGUCAGCCAUGGAGCUCAGCUUGAUAUUGUAGAUGAAAUUGGGUAUAGUCCCAUUCAUCUAGCUGUUGAAGCAGGUCAUAUGAAGAUUGCAACUUAUUUGUUGGCUCAUGGGGCUAAAUCCAAUCUUAAAAGUCUUAAAUCUGUGGCUUCUGAUGGUAAAAUGGAUUGUUUCCAGAACCAUCCUUUCCUGCUAAAUCAGUAUUAUCAAGAGAAAGAAAUAGCUUAGAACUUAGGUUCGAUUAAAUGUAUAUGAGGUUACUGUGCUUUUUUAAAAAUUGAGUUGCAUAUAUGCACAUAUUGAUCUUGAUCUUGCUCUCUGUGUGAUUUUCUUUUUUAGUUCACUUAUGUUGCUCUGAAACAUAAUUUGCAAAAUUUGCAACUGAAUUCUCCAAAAGGUAAAUUUUGGCCUAGAGUCGCCUAGACACUGUCAAUGUUGACAGAAGUACAGAACAAAACUAUGUGUAUAGGUAUGUCUAUUCCAUAUGAAACACAACAACUUAGUCUACUUUUUUUCUUGUCUUUGCGGGAAGGCAAUUUGAACUAGUCAUGGAUCGAUCUCAAGUUUGUUCAAAAUGACCAUUUUCCGAGGCAAAUCAUUAAGUUAUCAUCAGAAGUUUACAUAAUUAGGGGAGGAUGAUUUAAAAGUGGAACUCUUCACUGCAAAUGAGAGCCAUAAAUUUUGUUGCAGAAAGAGCCCAAGGUACUGCAACUAGGCAGUGGCCUUGCUCUUAUUUUCUGAAGUUGUCGAUUAGAUGAAAGAAAGAAUCUGAGUACAACUCUGUACAAGUACUACUGCAUUAAAACAUUUGCUGAGGUUUCAAUUAGCUUUCAGGAGAAAAGAAGUAUUAAAAAUUCAGCACUUCGUUGACUCAAUACCGGGGCUAAAGGCACUUGCCGUUCCAUGAACUGUACUACUCUCAACUUCAUCGCGGGGAACCUGAUGUUUAAGUCGUCAAAGCUGGUUGAUUAGGGUGUAUGUACUUUUCAAAAUUCUUGCAAUCUAUCGUAGAUAUACCCCGCCGACAAAGUAGACGAAGAAGAUGGUCGACUUGAGUAUGUGUGGUUCUUCACAGAAGUUGAUCACUUCGUCGACUUAGAGUCUGGAUAUAUCUGUAUUGAUGAUUAAGUCGACGAAUAUUGCCUACUUGACACUUGAGUUUGUGAGUCUUCUAUCAGUUUAGUACUUCAUCGACUUUAUUGUCGAGUAAAGAAGAUAGACCACAAAGUCGACGAACAUGUGUUUACCAUUUACAUGUGUUUGUGUGUUUUUCACCUGCAUUUUGCCCUUUUCUGAUACCUGAUCUUUAGCUAGUGAUGUUUUUUUAAUAGAAUCAUGGGCUAAACUCAAACAGCUGUACUUUGUUGGGCUAACAAUAUACAUAUAGAUUAUUAGUUAGUUGUCCAUUGAUGUAAGAAGAGCACGAGUAAAAGUUCACAAAUGAAGAUUUGCAGCGAAAACACAUUGGCUUUGUUCGCUUCAAUGUGUCACGAGCAAUGUUGAUUUUAUGGGUGUGAGGAAUGUUUAAUGGGAGAGGGAAAUGUUCAACUUCACGAGCAACAAGAGAAACACGUCAAUAUUAUAGUGCACUUGAGAGUGUGUUUUUAUAACAUUAUUUAUGUUAUGUUAGCGCAAUUCGUCCACUUGAGAAGUUUUCACUAAAUUAAAGAGAUCCUUUCAAUUUUUGUGCAUACCCUUCUACCUGUAUGGAUAGUUGAUGAAUUUCCUCUAGUACAAAUUUUUUUUUCUUUAC